CUUUCGUCUCCGUCAAUUGUCGUCGUGAGCAGCAACAGCCGCCGAUCUUCGGCCGUCGGUAUUUGGAGGCAGACCGCCUUCCUCACCGCCAUGGCCGACGGACGAAAUCCCGUCCGCCGCGGAAUUUCCUCUCCUGGUGCCAAUCGCCAGGAAACAUGCAUCUAAUCCCCUCGGUUUCCCAACCAUUCCCGCGCAGGACGGGCUGAACAGUCUACCGUAACAGCUAGAUGGCCUGAUACUCAUGGCUGCCCGAUUCAUUCCGCGCCAGGUCUUCCCCUAUCAUGGGUCCAUACCCCGGUCCUACUACCUGGGCCACCACAGGUCCGGGCUGGCCGCAAUGAAGGAAAGGCUGUCAGCUGUCGAUUAUAUCAUCGAAUGCCGCGAUGCCAGAGCCCCUGUCACCUCAAUGAAUCCAAUCUUUGAAGAAGCCCUGGGGAACUCCAGACGGAUGAUCGUGUAUACCAAGAGAGACCUGGCCACUGACCCCGGGUCACAGGAACGGAGAAAGCUGGAAAAUGAAGUCCGACUCUUCCAUGAAAACACUCCCAGCGUCUUUCUUAGCACGACUGUUCGUUCGGACCUGACCCGGGUCUUGUCGCACAUGCGGGCCGAGGCGUUAGCACUCCAAAAGCCCGUGGGGUCUCGCGUGAUGGUUGUGGGUAUGCCGAACGUCGGCAAGUCGACGCUGCUCAACAAUCUCCGUCGAUUAAGCACGAGCAAGGCCAAGGCGGUGCGGACAGGAGCUCAGCCUGGAAUAACCAGAAAGGUGGCGACCCCGGUGAAGAUCCUCGAGUUAGACGAUGGCUCCCCUGUCUACCUGAUGGACACUCCGGGUAUCUUCAUGCCAUACGUUCCGGAUGCAGAGAACAUGCUGAAGUUGGCACUGUGCGGCUGCGUCAAGGAUUCGGUCAUCGCCCCCGUCACAUUGGCCGAUUACCUGCUAUAUCAUCUGAACCACCGACACCCUGACGUAUACGGGCAGUGGUCUGAACCAACAAACGAGAUCAAUGAUCUUUUGGACCAGUUCGCCCGCAAAACUGGUCUCUUGAGCAAGGGAGGUCAACCAAACAUCGACCUCGCGGCACUAAACUUCAUCCAGAAAUGGCGCGACGGUCAACUAGGCAGGAUCAUGCUGGAUAACAUACAAGAGGAGAAACGCCGACAAGAAGAGAAACUAGACGACCCAGGCGCGGACGUGAGCACCAGCAUCACCCAGGCCUUGAAGACGAGUAAGAUCAAGAUCAAAGAGCGAUCUAAGGGCCAAUAGAAAACACAUUGUAUCAAAAACCCACUCGCAUCCAUUGUACAAAAGAACGAAUCAUGUUGGUAUCAUCAAUGAGCUUUUGCCUCCCCUCGGAUGCAUAGUAGACUGGUAGAUCCGCCGGAAGACGCGGAGGGGCCAAGGAAC